CUCUACCGAUCGCAGACGUCAGUCAGUCAGCCGCGGCUGGAGUAACAGCAAUGGCAUUCCUCGCGGUGCCGUCUGUGUUCACCGCAUUAGUGAUCGUUUUGGUCACUAUAGUUUUACUGAAAAUAAUCGCGGCAUUAUAUAAGCAACAAACUUAUUGGAAACAUAAGAAUGUGCUGUACUUGAAGUCGAAUCCUGUGCUCGGAGUGGGUUGGAAAUUUUUUGCCCGACGGAUGACAAUAGCCGAGUUAGGUGAAGCCAUAUACUACAGUUAUCCGAAUGCGAGAUAUGUUGCGAAUAUGGACCGUACUUUGCCGGUUAUAACACUUCGUGAUCCGGAAUUAAUCCGAGAGGUGGCUGUGAAAAAUUUCGAUCAUUUCAUGGAUCACAAAGUUUUUUUUCAAGAGUCUAAUAAUCCUUUGUUUAUGAAGAACGUUUUCGCGUUACGAGGCGAGCGUUGGAGAGAAAUGCGGAGCAUCCUCAGUCCUUCGUUCACGGGCAGCAAAAUGAAAUUCAUGUUCGAAUUGAUAUCGAAAUGCUCGCAGGAUUUCGUGGACUAUUUGUACGCACAUCCGGAGUAUAGCUCGUCGUUCGAGCUGAAGGAUGCUUUCACUAAAUACACCAACGACGUGAUCGCCACGUCCGCUUUCGGCAUCAGUGUAAAUUCGAUGGAAAAUCCAGAAAACGAGUUCUUCACCAACGGAAGGAACGUAUUCAGCAGUAUCAUGAACAAUGUGCCCAAGUUACUGUUACUGAGCACCUUUCCACGAUUAGCAAAAGCCUUAGGUCUAAGAUUGAUUCCAUCCGAUAUCACAUACUUCUUCAGCAAAAUCAUAUCUGAGACGUUGAAGGUGCGCGAAGAGCAAGGUAUCGUCAGACCGGACAUGCUGCACUUAUUAAUGCAAGCCAGGGAUACGGAAAAGCACCAGAUGACUGUCGAAGAUAUCGUUUCCCAGGCGUUCAUCUUCUUCCUAGCUGGCUUUGAGACGUCCGCCAAUUUAAUGUGCUUCUUCCUGUACGAGCUAGCUUUGAACCCAGACAUUCAAGAAAAGCUGCGUGAGGAAGUUGAUCGUUCCAUGGACGAAGGAAAUGGGACGAUUUCUUACGAUAUUCUUAUGAAAAUGGAAUACAUGGAGAUGGUGACAUCGGAGACACUUCGAAAGUAUCCAGCGCUGAUUAUCAUCGACAGAGUUUGCACGAAGGAGUACGAAUUCCCUCCAGCGGAGGAUGGAUACAACAGCGCGACUAUGUAUCCGGAUAGUUUAAUUCAUUUGCCUGUGUAUGCGUUGCAACACGAUCCUAAAUAUUUCCCAGAUCCGGAGAAAUUUGAUCCUGAACGAUUUAGGGAUCCGAGUAAGAUCACUCCUUACACGUAUUUUCCGUUCGGUAUUGGUCCUCGAAAAUGCAUCGGAGAUCGUUUCGCGUUAAUGGAAACAAAAAUAGUGAUAGCGCAUCUUCUGCAUAGAUUCGUAGUGAAACGUAUUGAAAAAACUCAGGUACCACUUGUGUUUAAAAAGUGGACAAUGAAUCUGGCACCCGAGAAAGGAUUCUGGGUUGGUUUAGAAAAAAGAUUUGCAUAAAUGUAUCUUCAAAGCUUACUUCAAUUUUCAUUUGAUUUAUUUUGUAAAGAUUAUAAAUAACAAAACUGUCGGACUAUUGGCAAUCACUAAUUUAGAACUAAGAAAUAAAUGUAUUGUUUUAUAUUUUAUUUAAUAAAGCAAUAUAGGUAACGUA